GAGAGAGUGCGGAGGUUUUUUGGUUUUGGCGACGGAGCUUUUUUCUCUCUCUCUCUCUCUCUCUCUCUCUCUUUACCGUACAAAUGGCGCCGCCGAAGAGUAAGGUUGACGGAGAAGGAAAAGGUAAAGCUGUAGCUACUACUACGCCGUCGACAAGAGUGCUUCGAAGCAUGAAUCGGAAGACUCGAAGUGACACUCGGCGAAGUGGUUCUUCUUCUAAGCUUGUUCAGCUCGAAUCUCCUGAGAAGAAGAAAAGGAAGACGAAAGCGAAGGAUGGUGGAGCAGCGGCGACGAAGCUUAAGAAAGAAAACGAAGAAGAAGAAGAAGAAGAGGUCACUGUGAAAGUCGAGAAAGAGGAGGAGGAACAUGGUGAAGAUGAUGCUGCAGAGGAAGCAAACGAAGAAGAUGACUCUGGGAAGAAGAAGAUUGUGAUCGAGCACUGCAAACAAUGCAAAUCAUUCAAGGAGAGGGCAAAUCAGGUGAAGGAAGGUUUGGAGGAAGCUGUUCCUGGCAUCAUUGUGACUGUGAAUCCUGAUAAGCCAAGGCGUGGUUGCCUUGAGAUUCGAGAGGAAGGUGGUGAAACAUUUAUCAGUCUUUUGGGUAUGAAGCGCCCAUUUACACUGAUGAAGGAACUGAACAUGGAAGAGGUCAUUAAGGACAUCGUGGAGAAGAUUAAAUGACAUAGAAGUAAUAGAGUUUCUAUCAAUGCUGAGUCUUUUGUCUAUUCCUCAGCCAUCGGCAAAUAGGCUUUAAUAUUUGACUAUCUAGAGCAACUGCAAGACUUUUUAGGAUUAAUUUUUAAUGGUUUGGUGAAAACCCUUUAACCA